UUUAAUAUUCAGGGUAGUUUGGGUUAUUAGCCUAACCAUUAAUGAAAAUGUGAAAGGAAACUAAAAGAGCUAACAAAAAUGCCUCCAACAGUACAAACAGGUCCUAGAGAGGACAGAGACAGAAAAAGACCUGGUCAAGAGAGAAGAUCAGAGUUGGUAUGCAGAGUGAAAUAUAACAACACACUACCAGACAUACCAUUUGACCCUAAAUUCAUUACAUACCCAUUCGAAACAAACAGAUUUGUGGAAUACAAACCAACAUCAUUGGAGCGCAGCUAUAAAUAUGACCUUUUAACUGAGCAUGACCUUGGUGUCACGAUUGACUUGAUUAACCCGGAUACUUACAGGAUAGAACCAGGAGUGUACUUAGACCCAGAAGAUGAAAGACUACUGGAAGAGGACCUUAACACACCCACAGAUUCCAAGAGAUCUCGACAUCACAAUACAAAUGUGUCCUGGUUACGAAAAACUGAAUAUAUCUCCACAGAAUACAACAGAUUUACACAAAAAUCAGAUAACUCAGAAAGAAAAGUUGGAUUUAAGAUAAAACAGAUUAUGAAAGAUGAAGACAUUUACAAAGAUAGAGCAAGUCAGAUACAGGCCAUUGAUAAAACAUUUGAACAGGCUAAGGAAGAGAUAACUAAACAUUACAGUAAGCCUGGUGUGACCCCUGUCGAAGUGUUGCCUGUGUUCCCAGACUUUGAUCUAUGGAAACACCCAUUUGCCCAGGUCAUAUUUGAUUCUGACCCAGCACCUAAAGGUCGACCUCAACCUGCUCAGAUGGAAGAAAUGUCACAGGCCAUGAUCAGAGGUGCAGUAGAUGAAAACAAUGAGCAGUUUGUAGCCUACUUCUUGCCAACAGAGGAGACUCUGAACAAGAGGAAGAGGGAUGCAGAGGAGGGCAUUGAUUACAAUGCUGACGAUGAGUACGACUACACAUUGGCCAGGGAGUACAACUGGAAUGUUAAAAACAAACUUUCCAGAGGAUACGAGGAAACAUAUUUCUUUGUCUUCAGGGAGGAUGGAAUGUAUUACAAUGAGCUGGAAACUAGGGUCCGCUUGAGUAAGAGAAGAAAGGUGGGAGGUGCCCAGAUGGCGAAGUCACGUUUAAUUGUUAAACAUAGAGAACUGAAUGAAAGAGAAAUAGCAGCACAGAAUGCUCGACUGACGAUGUUAGAGCCACAACAAGAAGAGGAGGAAGAAGAAGAGGUACAGGAGGAGCAACUGGCAGGAUCAGAUGAAGAAUUCCACAGUGGAAGUGAGGCAGGAAGUGUUAAAUCCAGUGGCAGCCGCCGCAGCAGGUCAAGGUCAAGGUCACGCAGUGGCAGCCGCAGUCCGUCUCGCAGCAGGAGUGGCAGCAGAAGCAGCAGUCGAUCGUCACGUAGUCGCAGCAGGAGUGGGAGCAGAAGUCCCUCCCCCGCACGGAGUGAGAGUGAUCGGGGCAGCGAGAGUGACCGCGCCAAGAAGGAGGAAGAAGAAAUCUUUGGAUCUGCCAGCAGUUCUGAUGAAAAUUAAGACAGUUCAGCAAAAAUGUCAAAGGGGGUAAAAGUUCAGGGGCGCAGUAGCCAUUUAAAUACUGUUAUUACUGAAAAACAUUUUUUUUGUUUUUUCUUAAGGUUAGAGAUGCUUUUUCCCAAUUUUUUUUGAGACUCCUUUAAAGUUCAUGUACAAUAUGAUAAGUCAAUGCUGUCAUACUCUGGAGAAAAAGCUGCAAAGAAAAUUUGUAUUUUUAGGACUUUUCGGAAUAGUAGAUAAUUUUGCUGUACAUUUUAAAUUCAUUAUCAUGUUCAUUAUAUCAUGCAUCUCCAUGUAUUGUGCGUCUCAUGGCUGUAAAUAAAUGAUAUACUUGUA